AUGAUCGAGUUGGAUAUGGAAAGAUCACAGAGCAAAGGUGCUCUAUACCUCCUCCAGAAGUUCCGGCGGCAAGAGAAAGACAUGCCAGAUACCCAGCAAGAGCCGACAAAGCUUGCCAUUGGGGUCGAGGGCGGGUUCUUGCCGGACGACAAGUAUGAGACAAUCAAGGAGUACUCCCUCUUAGUUGCUGCAGCUGGUGAGCGCACCACGUUGCCAUACCCCAGUGAGGACCUGCCGAUGAUUGUUUCCAGCGUGUGCGAGGCAAUCGUCGCGCACCAGGCCGAGUUGAUUCUGACGCUGGUGGGCUACGCUGUCGGCGUGGGAAAUGUCUGGCGCUUCCCUUACCUGACAUACACGUAUGGUGGAGGGGCCUUCCUGAUUCCGUACGGUCUCAGCUUGCUGCUGCUGGGCAUACCACUGUUCGUGCUGGAACUGGGCCUUGGGCAGCUGACUCGGCGUGGAACACUGGGAAUGUGGACCAAGCUUGGCUUGCCACGGUGGCAGGGAGUAGGCCUCGCAGCGAUGAUGUGCACCUAUCUGGUGGGCUUGUACUACAUUGUCAUCCUUGCUUGGACAAUCUUCUACCUGGGCAGGACUCUGGCUGCCUUGCCAUCCGGACAUCUGCCAUGGAGCGAUGUGGCUCCGGGGGUCACUUGCCCCACAAAGGAUCUCUACCUGCACAAGACAGUCGCGGACAGCGACAACCUGGUUGACAGCAUCACAGGUUUGCUGAAUCCCACCUUCGUUGCGAGUACAUGGUGCCCGGCGAAAUCCACCGACCAGCCGCCUGCAGACUACGUGCUGAGGACGCUACAGCCCACGAGAUGUCCAGCACGAAUGGCGAAGAUCUUCUGGGAAGAGCAAGCCUUGAAUCAAAGCAGCGGAUUGGACGAGCUCGGAGGCUUGAACCCGGGUCUGGUGGUGUCCCUGACCAUUGCUUGGUUCCUGAUUUGGCUGAUUGUUUUCAAGGGCGUCAAGUCCUCUGGCAAGGCUGUGUACGUCACAGCCACGCUGCCAUACGUCUGCUUGGGCAUUUUCUUGGUCCGUGCACUGACGUUGCCAAACGCCUUUGUUGGCCUGAAAUUCCUCUUUGAAGCCGACUUCAGCCAUCUCGCAAACCCGCAAGUCUGGAUCCACGGAGCUGUGCAGAUCUUCUUUUCCUUGGGUGUGGGUUACGGGUCAAUUGUGGCUUUCGGUUCCUAUGGAAGCAAGAGCGGAAACUUUGUCCGAGAUGCCACUUCUGUUGCGAUCGCCAACUGUGGCACCUCCAUCCUUGCCGGUUGCGUGGUCUUUCCCGUUCUGGGCUUUCUCGCUCAAGAGUUGCACGAGACGGACCCAUGUAUCUCCGCGGACAGCCUAGAUAACUUGAAGAGCAUUGGCUUGUCGGGAACAGGACUCGCCUUUGUCGCGUUUCCAAUUGCAGUGUCGCAGAUGCCUGGUAGCUUCUUUUUCGCUAUACUCUUCUUCUUCAUGAUGUUGCUGCUGGGCAUCGACUCGCAGUUUGCAUACAUCGAAACAUUGGCCACUGUUCUGGCUGAUGCCGGAUGGGGGGAGCGGCUCCCACGUCCAGCUCUGACAGGAUUGAUCUGCUUCGUCUCCUAUCUGAUUGGGCUCGUCUUCGUCUCUAGAGCUGGGAUAUAUUUCCUGGAUCUGUUUGACAACUACGUCAGCAUCUACGUCAUGUUCGCCGUGGGAUGUCUAGAAUGUGUCGGCUUGAUCUGGACUCGGCAGGGCCAGACUUGGGAGCGCUUCAAGUCAUUGUGCGUGGAUCACACUGGCCGCCACUUGGGCCGCCUCUACGAGGUGGUCUGGGGAUGGAUCUGUCCAGGGCUGUGCUUGUUGCUGGUGAUCGUCAGCAUCACGCCGCCCUUUGGGAAAUUGGAUGUCAUGGACGCCGUGUCGUCCAAACCGUUCCCAGAAGGAACAGGCUUUUUUCCCAGCUGGACAAUUCCUCUUGGAUGGACCAUUGCUUCAUUGCCCAUCGCUGCAAUGGCUGUGACUUGUCCAGUUCAGUUUCUGGGGUGUGAGAAGAGUGGGGACACGCAGAACCUGUGGCUCAACCUGUCCGAUGGGUUUAUCGGAGGCGGCCGCAAGUUCUGGGAUGGCUCUGGUGGCAGCAAUGGCGCCCUGGACCACUUCACAGAGGAGAACGCGAAGGGCAACUUUUACCCCCUUGUGGUGAAGCUGGGGACGAUCACGCCGGCAGGGGCCGACGUUUACUCUUAUGCGCCCGAUGAAGACAAGAUGGUGAAGGACCCUUUGCUUGCAAAGCAUUUGGAGCACUGGGGAAUUGACGUCAUGAAGAUGGAGAAGACUGACAAGACACUGGCUGAGAUGCAGGUGGACCUCAAUCUGAACUAUGACUGGUCGAAAAUCUGCGAAUCCGGAGACAAGCCCCUGGUGCGCCUCCGAGGGCCAGGUUUGGUUGGCCUCAAGAAUCUUGGGCAGUCCUGCUACAUGAACUCUUCGGUUCAGUUACUACUCGCACUGCCGGAAGUGAAGCAGCGCUACUUAGAUGCGGAUCUGAAGAUCCGAAGAUCUGCAGCUCCGGAAGUCCAGAACGACCUGCUGAGCCAGGUGGCCAAGCUAGUCAGCGGCCUCAACGGUCCACGAUAUGCACCGCCUCUGAAAGACGGUGAUGACGAGGAGGAUCCGAGAUUCUCGAUCCAACCUCAGAUGUUCCGCUCGCUCAUCGGGAGAGGACAUGCGGAAUUCUCGACUGCCAGGCAGCAAGAUGCUGCGGAAUUCGUCCAGUACUUCUUGGAGCAGAUCGCACGCCUCGAGCGAAGUGCUCUGGGAACCCGACUGGCUGGAGACAGCUCCACCACCUCCCUUUUCGAGUUUGCCGUGGAGGAAAGACUGCAAGAAAGCUCUGGCCAAAAGAGAGUGAAGUACAGCAAGGUCCAGCAGAACAUGCUCGGACUUCCAGUGAAGCUGGAUGAUGCCGAAAACCUCCAAGAGGUCACGGCUUUCAGAGCAGCAAAGGACAAAGAUGAGCAAGAGGCCAAGAAGCCCAAAACGGAAGGCGAGCCGGAAGAACCGAAGCCAGUGAUACCGUUAUCGUCGUGCUUGGCCCGCUUUGGAGCUUCCGAGGAUGGCGUUCAGUUCCGAGGCGUUUCCGCAUCCAAGACGUCAAGAUUGGCGAGCAUGCCCAGGUACUUGCUGGUGCAACUUCAGCGGUACUACGUGGACGAGAAAUGGCCAGAGACGCUGAAUCUGGAGCACCUGCGUGGCAGGGGCCUUCAGCCAGGAGAGGAGCCGAUGCCCGAGGAAGCGGAUGCUCCCCAGCCGGAAGCCCUGGACGACAUGAUCGUCGCUUGCUUCUCAGCCAAGAGCCUGCCUCUCCGCUCACAGCAUCGAAUCUUGACGAAGGCCACGCUGGUGUCCAUGGACAUCGUCGUCAUCCUGACUCUCUCUGGCCAGGCCAAGCGUGCCAGCCUGGCCGUGGGCAACUCCAGCGCCGAAGCCGCGAUCGCAUGGUGUUAUUCUCCCACUCGGACGACUUGGAAGGAGCUGUCGCCUCCCUGGGUGGCCAGUCCACCGGUGGUGCAAGCAUCACCGAAGGACUAUGACGACGGCGUCGGGGAGUACACACUGGUCGGCUUCGUGUCGCACAUUGGCAAACAUACCUCGCACGGGCACUACGUCUGCCACAUGCGGCGGGGAAAAGGUGACUCCUGGGUCAUCUUCGAUGACAGUAAGGUUGCGCAGUCUGAAGCUCCACCUCUUGAUCUGGGCUACAUCUACCUGUACAGGAGAAAGGACGCACCUGCAAGUCGCGGUGUUCUUGCUCUGGUUCAAUCACGUUAG